AUGAUCCCUUAUAUAAUAGACCCUUUGAUAGAUGAUCUACCGUUGAAACAAAAUGAACGCAUUACUGCAGUUUCUGCACACGAUCGUAAUGUAUAUAUUGGAACCUCGAUCGGGAACGUACUACACUAUCAUCUAUUUGAAGAUGCAACAGACUACUUGCAAAUCACAAUGAUGUCAGUUGGAGGGAAAGAGAUUGCUCAAAUGGUGGCAUCUGAGCAGUUACAGAGGUUGUUUGUCUUGGAAAACAGUACGCUCUUUGUAUUUCUGUUGCCUGAGCUUAGCCCCAUGAGUACACGACAAUUGAAAAAUAUUCGACAUGUAUGCUUGGCAGAUGAUGGAGCCUCGUUGAUGCUUAUCAAGCAAUCAAGCAUUCAAAUUGCUAAACUUGAGGAAAAUUCGUGGAAGUUGAUUCAGGAUUUCAAGUACGAAGGGGCUGUACUUGGAACGGCACCCAUGAAUAACUUAAUUUUGUUAGCAAACUCAAAGGCCUAUGAGAUACUCGAUACGUCGUCAGGAAGAUCAAUGCCUCUCUUUGACUACAAAUCAGGUGCAGAUGUUUCUCCCGUGAUUGUCCCUUUUGAAACACCAAACGCAACAGAAUAUUUGCUUACCGUUGCUUCCGAUGAAAACACUUCAAUUGCGCAAUUUAUCAACACCAAGGGAGAUGCCACUAGGGGUACUUUGACAUGGUUAAAUUUGGGGUAUCCUCAAGGCGGCGUCACUAUCAAGUGGCCCUACACAUUUGCUUUGUUUGAGCAUUCAAUUUUAGUGUCCUCUUUGGAAACCCUUGAAACUGUGACAACACUAAGCAUAGAAGAAAAGGUCUCGGAAGCCAAUGCAAGCGGAAAACAUUUGCACCCUAUGAGCAUUCAAAAAGCCAAUGUCUUUUUUGCGGACAAGUCGCUAGAGGGCGUUAUUGGUCUGCCGUUGGAGCUGCGCUCAAAUAUAGUAUUUUUCAAUGAAUCAAAAUUGUUUAAUGUUCAUCAAGAAAAUGAGGUGGUAUCGGCCAAUAAAGCAUUUCAACAAGCAAUGGAGACCAACGAAUUCGAUCAGUUUCUGGCCAUAGCUCAUGGUGAUUCCAAAUACGUGCACAUUCUCAAAACUAUGGUCGCCUUUUUGACCGACACGGAUCCAAUUGCAUUACUUUUGGAAAGAAAAGAUGGUCAGUUGAUUAUUGAUGCAGAUUUAGCUCUUCGAUUGUUAGGUUACGAGGCUCAGUUCCUCCUGGUGUAUCCGGGAUUGAGGGAGGUGAUGGAAAUGUGGGACUUUAAAGAUGAAGCCAUUGCGAAACGGUACUUGCAGAAUUUGAAACCUACAGAUAUGAGUGCCGACUCAAGGAUAUUGAGCUACAAGCUUCUUCCUGCAAGUGAUAUUUCUUCCUUGGUCUCAGAGGACAAUUGGACAUUUUCAGUCAAUGAUGAAACAGUGACUAAGAUAUUGAUCGAAAGGAACUUGUUAUCUCAGGUGUCACAUAUUUUUCAAAUGACGCCCAAACUGUCUGCAGUGGUAUCAGCAUAUAAAGAAUUUUUAUUUCAUCAUUUGAACAAUGAUCUAGUGGAGGACGCAUUAAAAUUUCUAUCUCAAGAACAACUCGAUGAAAAAGACUACACGCGACUAAUACUAGAGAUCCUCAAGCUAAAUAAAGAUAAAGGUUAUGAAUUUAUGAGGAAGUCGCCAAUGUAUCGCGAGGUCAAUCAGAGGAUAUUGAAUGAGUUGUCAGAUGAUCAGAAGGGGGAGAAGGAUUAUGCAUUGUUGCGGAUUGAGCUACUUGAAUCGUCAUUUACCGAAAAUACUGCAUUGCGCGGGGAGUUAUCAAGCUUGAUUUGCUCUACAUUAUUCUCGCUUUACAAUGACCAGAUGAAGGAAAAUCUAAAGGAACUACAUGCCGCAUACCGAGAGACGAAUAAGCUAUUAAAAGACAAGUGGCCCAAAAUAUCAUGGAUAGAUUUUCUAUCCUUCACCAAGGUACAAGACUAUCAAACAUUCAUUGACUUGUAUAUAAAGGGGUUUGAGCUAGCAAACGAAAAAGACACGUAUCCAGAUGAGCAACUUUUUACUUACUACAAGCUUUACACAACACAGGAUGUUGCAGGAUUACUCGAAUUUGGAGAUUAUUCUAGUGCUGAACGUGUAGCUUUGGGCAAAUGCGCGGCUCAGCAGAAGCCGUUUUACAAACAUGAAAUUGGUUGGCAAGGAACGGUUGAUAGAAAGAGUCUCUUGCUUAUUUUCAAGCACUAUGUGCUGGUCUAUGAACAGCAAGAACCAGUCGAGCCAGCAAUCCAACAUUUCGUCGACAGCUAUGGCAAUUAUUUUUCUCCAGUCACUUUAAUCAAGCUACUACCCAGCCAGUUUCCAUUGGCGUAUCUAGCCUACUUUUUGAGAACUUCAUUCAUCAAUAUGCAAGCACAGUCGAGGGAAAAAGUGAUUACCAAAGCAAUCAUCAAGUCUGAAUUAUCUAGAACUAAACAUUUAAUAAAUGAUUUCCUAUAG